GAUUAUACCAAGUCAGAAGACAAAUUUGGGACAGAACAUGUUCUCGCCCAUGGAAGCACACGCACGGCCACAACCAUAGCUCGAGAUCCCGGUAGGUCAGAGCUAAAAUUAGAGGCGGCUCCUUCCAGCAGCCAGAGAGCGAUGCUUUAAGUCAUGUAAACCAGGGGAUACACUAUCACAAGGGGCUGGCAGCACUGACACGUUUUCCAUGGCUGACAUUUACUGUCACAAGCUGACUGACAUGAGGAGCCUGUGUGCGUAACGCAGGGACCAGCGCUGGAUCAACACCGGCCACCGCUGCGCAAACCUCGACUGUCUGGCUGUGGUUUGUGUUUUUUUAUAGAGACGCCAUAUGUAGUGUUUAGAGCGCACAGUUUACACGUCUGCAAACAUGUCCUUUUUAACCAUACCGAGCCAAGAGGGGCUUUUUACCACGAUCAAAACUGGCAAGUCAGCCGAGGUGGCGCACAGUGGCUCCUCUAUGAACGACGAGGAUAAUAACCACGAUGAGGAGGAGGAGGAGGAUGAAGACGAUGAUGACCCCGAGAGCGUCCGCUUCAUCCCCAGGUGCUCCCCGGUGCCCAGGAAGCGAGGCGCCUCCAUCCACGACGAGACAGCCGAGUACAUGCGCAUCCACUUGGCGCUGUCUGCCGCCGAGAAGAAAGUGUCGUUCGCCGACAUCACCGGCGGAGAUCUGGUGGACGUGAAGGAAUUCGUGGCCUUUGAAUCGGACGACGAAGAGGAAAGCGCACGAUGGGAGGAAGAGGAGGCGAAGUACCGCAAACCAGGGCGAGAGCCGACCUAUUGUGUGCAGCCGGAGUUCAGGGCACCUGCCGGCGGUGCGCUGCUGCAGGCGGUGCGCACCGGCAAGGUGGAGGUGGAGCAGUUGUCUCCAGUGGAGGACGAUCCUCUCGCCUUCUGUGGUUUAAUACGAGUCCUGAACGUCUCCUUCCACAAGGCAGUUUACAUCAGAUCCACCAUGGACAACUGGGUGACUUACUUCGACCACCCCGCGACGUACGUCCAGGGGUCUCACGACGGAGAAACGGAUCGAUUCUCCUUCAAGCUGUCGUUUGCGCCUCCGUAUAUCACGCACGGCUCUCGCAUUGAGUUUGUGGUCCGCUAUGAAACCAGUGACGGGGAUUUCUGGGCCAACAACUCCUCCAUGAAUUAUGUACUGACUCUGCUCCUGUCCUACGAAGACGAUGCAGCUCCAACGGACACCGACGUGCAGGAAAUCAGAGGCAUCCUUAAACCCCCAAAGUACUACAGUAUGAAUGAUGAUUUUGAUUCAGAAGAUGAGCAGGAGAAGGAAGAGGAGGAAACAGGGACCUCCCAGACCGGACUCAUCAGACCUACAGCUGUGUGCCCUGUCAUCAUACAGCCGGAGAUAGAUGUGGAGAUUGCAGUUAACCCAUCAGGUCCCUCUGUCCCUCCCAACCACGAGCUUCCAUCUGUUGCCGGCACACUGUCCGCUCACACUGAAUCCCCAGGUGAACGCUUCCCUUGUACGUCUUCCGAAACCACACUACAAACUAAUUCAUCCUUUGUACUCUGUGCCAGUGAAUCAGCCCAGCCAAAUAAGUCCCAGCCUUUACCCAGACUCCACUGUGAAUUAGUCGACCAAACGUCAGCACAGCCCGUAGACAAAAGUCCCUCUCCACUGCUGCCUUCCCUGCAGCAAGAGUCAAGGCCGAGAUCAGACAGUUCCCAGGCUGAUGGAGAGGAAAUCCUUCCUCCAGAGGCCUCAAGCAUGCAACUUCCCACCACAGAGACGGAUCUGUUGCCAACAGGAGAGGACAGAUCGACCGAAAGCACAGCUAGUCGUCCUCUUCUCGAACUGGCUGCUGCACGUGUCUCUGCUCCCAGUGCGGCUCGGGGCUUUGAGCGCGAGGUUGCACAGGGAUUGAGUGAACUCGCUGCAGGAUUAACAGAAAGUUCCACCACGUCUGUAGCACAUUGUGAAGAUGGUACGCCGGCGUUCACGUACCCCGUGGCAGAGAGUCAGGCAGCUCUGAGAGCAGAAGGUGAAGCUCCACCAUCACCUGAACUCACAGCGAACGCCCCCGUGAGCACAGUUGUAACUGAGGCGAACGAAAACCCAGCUCCUCCACCUGCCUCGGUCUGCAAAGAGAAAGAGGAUGCUCCCCAGAUUUCGCCUGACACAUCAGUAGAGAAUCUAUCAAAGACGUUGUCAGAGGCGUCUGAGCCCCUGUCGGCCGUAAACAGGAAUCUGAUGCCAUCCAUCGUCUUUCUGAGCGGAAUCGUCUCCCUCUCGAUAGUGAUGCAGGAGCCCAGCGCGCUCUUCUUCAUCGGACUUCUUCUGGUCUUGCACCGUUUGUGAUCACGCCACAAGAGUUCACUCUGAUCUGUUUGCUAGUGAAGUGCCUUUUCAUGAUUCCAAAAGAAGUAAUCGAGUUAAACCAAUGUUGAAGUUGUGUACCGCUGUGUGAGUUCUUAGAUUAAUAUGCAUUUUCAUCAAAAGAAAGACAUAGAGGGCUUUCUUUUGAUGAAAGAAAACAUGUAGGGUACAACUCGUGAGUAUUUGCAUAUCAUGGAGAAAGUUACAAAGAUAUUUUCGUGCAGUGUUAAUAGAAUAGUUUUUCAAUAUCAUUGUUAUCACUCUAAUGCCAAAUAACAAUAUAUCAUCACAGAUGUUUUUUUUAAGUGUUGUGUCAUGUGUGUAUGUGGUGUUGUAUUCUGAUUAUGUCAGUUCUGAAAUGCACUUGUUGUUGGGUUUUUUUGAGUGUUGUUGUCAGUGUGCAGCUAAGGUUGUGAAUUACAUGAAUUGUUAUGUCUAAAAAGCACAUUACCAUAGAUAUGCACAAGUAAAACCAGUAGUAUUUUUGCCUUAAUGCUGAAAAAAAAAAAGGCCUGAUGUCUUUUAGCAAACAUCAGAUUGAAAUGAUGCAUCUCGAGGGACAAAACAAGUGGAAAACUUAAUCCAGUGUGAAAUGUAAACAUGAUAUUAAUCAUUCAACAUUAGAGAACUAUUCCACUGUUGUGUAUUUUCCUGUUAAACACUUAUUGAUGUAGCAUAGCGUAAAAUUUUAUCGCAUUAAACUUUGACAACCUCACAGCCAGACCGAAGCACUGAAUGACACGUUUGGAGUGAUGAAAGAUUUUGCAGUGUGUUGCCAUUAAACAUUUUCUUAUAUCCUGUG